AAAAAUGAUGCACAACAUUCAACACACCGUCAGCGACGUGGAAUUGACAAAAACUAAAUUUAGAAUAAUAAAGUCCAUAUAUUGGAAAAAUGGCAAUAAACAGCACAUCGGCGUGAUGUUAAUCGCCAGCGUAUUAGUGUAAAUGUCAGGGAAACAAUAGAUUAACAAAUUGUAGGAAAAACAAAAAACAAAGUGUUAAAGAGUUUCCUGGAGUCAAAGUUCUGCACAGGUGCCGCUCAACAUCGUAGAGCUAUUCCGCAUAGAUAAGCGAACGUAAAUUUUAUAUGAAUAUAGCAUAGUGGAAAAUUCGGGAAUCGUAUUGUGGAUAAAAUGCCAUUAUGUAAUUAAGUUAAUUGACCAUCGAUACGUACACCGUUAAUUACGCUUCGCGCGGAUUGUUAUUUAAAUAACUACUUGUGGCUUUAAGUCUUUACUACAUCGGUAUUUAAUUGGAAACUAGUCCAGCUACGAUGGAUUCAUUAUUAUUUUUAACGGCUGCGGCGCAUCUGUUUUACACGCCAUUCACAAAAGUGGAGGAGAGUUUCAAUAUGCAAGCUAUGCAUGAUAUUCUAUAUUUAAGACAAAAUUUUACGCAGUAUGAUCAUCAUGAUUUCCCCGGUGUGGUACCGCGUACUUUUCUCGGUCCGCUUGUUAUCUCCAUAUUGUCCUCACCAUUUGUUAUACUUUUUGAAACACUCAGCAUGAAUAAAUUUUGGGCGCAGUAUGUUGUUCGUUUAGUUUUAGCCGCGGUAGUAACUGCCUCAUGGCACAAUUUCCGUCGUGUGAUAACCAAACAGUUUGGCACAGAUGUGCGUCUCUGGUUUACCAUAAUCACACUGACACAGUUUCAUUUCAUAUUCUAUAUGAGUCGACCAUUGCCUAAUGUUAUAGCUUUGCCCGUUGUACUGUAUGCGCUGGCAUUUUGGUUACAAGGCCAAACGAAACCCUUCAUUAUAUGUUCCGGCAUCGCAAUAUUGAUAUUUCGUUCAGAACUUUUAAUAUUCUUGGGCCUUUUACUAACUUAUGACUUGGUUUAUCGAAAACUUAGCAUUUCAAGCGUACUAAAAAUAGCAUUACCCGCAGGUUUAGCUAUUUUGGUCACAACCAUUGUUUUGGACUCGUUUUUCUGGCGUCGUCUCUUGUGGCCGGAGGGUGAAGUACUCUGGUACAACACAAUAUUGAAUAAAAGCGCCGAUUGGGGUACUUCGCCGUUUUUAUGGUAUUUCUAUUCAGCAUUACCACGCGCUCUUGGCGCUUCAAUAAUACUGGUGCCAAUAGGUUUCUGUUUGGAACGGCGCAUACGUCCAUUAGUGCUGGCGGCCUUGGCAUUUGUACUCAUCUACUCAAUCCUACCGCACAAAGAGUUGCGCUUUAUUGUUUAUGUGUUCCCUGUGCUCAAUUUGGCGGCUGCUUGUGCCUGUACACGUUUCUGGCUGAAUAGCGGCAAAUCAUUGUGGCAUCAAGUACUUGCAUUUGGUGCAGGUGCGCAUUUAUUAGUCAAUAUACUUAUAACGGUAUUCCUUUUGGUUGUAUCAAGUACCAAUUAUCCAGGUGGUGUGGCAUUAACGCGUCUGCAUCGUCUGGAGGCACAAACAGCUAAUGUGUCCGUGCAUAUAGCUAAUUUAGCGGCACAAAGUGGAGUUUCACGAUUUUUACAAAUCCGUGAUGACUGGCACUAUUGCAAAAAUGAAUCGAUAACUUAUGAUGCUCAGCAGACGCGUCAUUACACACAUCUCUUGGUGGAAGCAAAGAAUAAAAAUAAUGUGCAACUAUGGUCAACACUGCAGCAAGAGUUUGAAAUUGCAGAGUUUGUCGAUUGUUUCAAUAAUAUUGGCAUACAGUAUAGCUCAUUGGUACCAAUACGCAUCAAGACCAAACCAUGCAUAGCUAUUUUAAAGAGACAUAAACUUCCUGUUGAUGUCGGAACUAAAAAGAAGACGAAAGACGAGAAAAAAGCGAAAAAGAAGAGUAAAAAGUCAAACGAAAUCGAAAUAGAAACCGUUGAAAGCACCCUUAAUCGAUUUAAUGAAGACGUAAAAGACAAUGAAAUUCCCAAAGACUUGCACAGCUUAGAAAAGGCAAAAGAUGAACCUAUUGCAGAACCACUACAAUUUGCAGAGGAAGUGCAAAGCACACUUAACGAUAUAGUAGAUGCAAAAGCGUCGAUCGAGGACGGUUACGUGGAGGACUGGACAUUGGAAGUGGUGGACGAUGAAACGUUCGAAGAACCAAUUGAAAUUCAAACGAAUGAAAUACAACCAGAACCUAACAUUGAAGAACCUAUUGAAGUGCACGAAUCUAAAGAAACAUCUGCACAACAGUCAGAUGCUGACAUACAAUCAGCUGAAACUGCUGAUCAGCAAUCGAAAGACAUAAACUUCAAUGAACUGCACAAUCUGGCGCUAGGUAAGGUGAAUCGAAAAACGUUGGCAACCAGACAGAAGAUUCGACAACUCAUCGAACAGCAUUACCGUUCGAAAGGACGUCAAGUUGAGAAUUCAGCCGAAAAAAUUGAUAAACGUUCCACCAGUGGAAAUUUGCCAGCCUCGCGCCAAACAGUUAAAUCCAUUAUAAAACAGGAACGCAUAAAGGAGAUGAUCGAACAGAUCGCCACCAUGGACUUGACACGCAUGUGUGACCUGGAGCACAUUUCUACAAAAGACUGUCUAAAGCAGGUUAUCGACAAACUGGACGCUGAUGAUAAGUUAGUGAACAGUAAUUGAAAAAAAAAUAAAACAUUUUUGUUAAUGGAGAAGAGUUGUUUGCUAGCAUGAGUGUUCGCUUUCUCAUUUUUGUAUUUAUAUUAAGUAAGUUAAUGUUUACCAGAAAAAAUCAAAAAUUUCAAUAAAUUAUAUACAUUGCGAACAUA